AUGACCGAGUACCCCCUCAUGGAUGGGCAGGCGCCUGCCAGAACCUCUCUCACUCCCACCACGAGCGUGAUCAAGUCGUACUGGCGCAGCCAACUCCGGUCGUCUGGUGUGCUACAGAGGAUACAGGCGGCCUCCUCACCAAAGGAGCGCGUGGCAGCGGAAGGCAACCCACAAACACCGUCCUCAGCGAGCAGUGACGGCCUGACAGUGUCAUCGUCCCGUGGGGCAUCUACACUCUCCGCGCGACGCACCGUGUCAUUCUGCAGCGCGCCAUCAUCUGCACGCCGGCGCCUACAUGCUGCUGCUCAAUCUGCGGAACUUUGCCGUGCGGUUGACCUCCGAAAUCGCUUUGGUAGCCUGGCAAAGCCGCUAUUUCAGAAUUACUUGCUUCCACAGCUUGAACCACACGAGACGUGUCCGACGGUGACGGUUGUGCUCGAUCUCGACGAGACGCUUGUGAGUAAUCGUGACGCCAAUCGCUCCGCUGCUAUUCUGCGUCCGUAUUGUCUGCACGUACUUAAUGCGCUGCGGCAUAUGAAGGGAUUGGAGGUUGUUUUGUGGACGGCGUCGACAAAAGAAACCGCGUCACCCGUGGUGGAGCAACUAAGCGAAAGUGGGACGGUGUUUGAUGAGGUUAUAUACCGCAGUGACCUCUGGUUCACGGAGCCGCUCCACACAAAGGACCUUCGUCUCCUGGGACGCGAAAUGGACCGUGUGCUCAUCGUCGACAACGCCGCGAACUGCUGCAAGUUGAACCCACACAACGCCGUGCUUGCGGAGGACUUCCACGGCGUGUACCACGGAGAAGAUGCGACUUUGGUGAAUGUGUACUACAUUAUUGAGCGAGUACUUAAAGGGUGCCAGAGGGGUGAGUCGGUGAGGAGCACUCUCCAUAGGCUCGCGGAGGACGGCCAGCUGUGCUGUCCGCUGCUGCUUACUUUGCCGGAUACAUGGAAACACCUCCCACUGCGUGAGAUAGCACCGCUUAAAAUCCCACCGCACGGUCGCUUUACACGCGUCUACCGGGAACCUUUAAGUGAUUCAGUCAUGAGUUACUGGACGAUGUAG